GGACUUUUAUUUUGGUGUGGCGGUGUGACGUCAUAAGGCUGCGCCGCGCGCCUGCAUCUGUGAUUCUGCCGAAGAAAGAUGCCGUUUAUUAAAGAGGAGAGUGAAGACGUGAAGAUUGAAGAAACAUUCAGAGUGAAGAAAGAAGAUACUGAGGAACAAACAGACCUGAUUGAGGAGAGUCAAGAGCUGAAGGAUAUGAAAGAGAAAGAACAGAAUGAGAAAGAUCAUGAUUUCAAAAUUGGAGAAAAAUCCGCACAGACUAAAACGUGCUCCUCUCAAAAAAGAGACAUCGCUUUCACCUGCAAACAAUGUGGAGAGAGUUUCACUCUUGAAGAAAACCUUAAAAUUCACACGAGAGUUCACACUGGAGAAAAGCCUUACACCUGUCAACAGUGUGGAAAGAGUUUCGCUCAAAAAAGAUACCUUGCAGUCCACAUGAGAAGUCACACCGGAGAAAAGCCUUACACUUGCUCUCAGUGUGGACAGAGUUUUGCACAUAAAGGCAACCUUAAUUCCCACAUGAGAACUCACAGUGCAGAGAAGUCCUUCACCUGCCAACAGUGUGGAAAUAAUUUCCCUCAAAAACAAAACCUUGAAGUCCACAUGAGGAUUCACACUGGAGAGAGACAUUUUAUCUGUGAACAGUGUGGAAAGAGUUUCAUUCGAAAAGGAGUCCUUGAAGUCCACAUGAGACUUCACUCUGGAGAAAAGCCUUACAUGUGCACUCAGUGUGGAAAGAGUUUUACCCAUAAAAACACCUUUAAUUACCACAUGAGAAUACACACAGGAGAGAAGCUGUUCACAUGUGAUCAAUGUGGAAAGAGCUUCACGACAGAACUAAGCCGUAGAUACCACAUGACCAUUCACACCGGAGAGAAACAGUUCAUAUGUGGUCAGUGUGGAAAAAGUUUCGCACGUAAAGUAGGCCUAAAUUACCACAUGAGAAUUCACUCAGGAGAGAACUGUUUUAUAUGUCAACUAUGUGGAAAGAGUUUUAGUCAUAAAUAUAGCCUCAAAACUCACAUGAGAGUUCACACUGAAGAGAAUUCCUUCACCUGCAAAUCUGAGUGAACGUUCACACUGCUGCUGAGUGUGGGCCAAAUCUGAUUGUACACAUUCAUGACCACUUCUUUUAUUUCUUCUUAAUCUUCUUUUACUUCUUAGAUAUUGACAACUUUGAUUCAAAAUAUUAGUUAAACUAAUGUCAUGCUGCGAAAUGCUACAGUGCAAUUGAAUGAUAAUAUAAAUAUCAAAUAAAUAAAAUGACAAACUGAAUGAAAGAAAGAAUAUUACACUGCAUUUUCUGAUUCGUCUUUAGUGAGAUAAUGUUUUUAAAUCACGACUUAAACGUGUCAACUGUAAACCCCUCAAAGAUCCAAAUAUAGAAAAAAAAAUCACCUUUUAAAUGUAGGAGGCCUCUAAUGCCGAAAUAAAUGGGUUUUUAAAUUUUUUACUGUUUAGUCAGAGAAAUGUAAUACUGUAUUGCAAUGUCUUAGGUAGCAGAAUUUCAAUGAUUUUAUUCCCUGUAUGAAUAGAUAGAGGACAUGUAGGAAUGUAGAGGACAUGGUUCUGUAACCCCUUAACAAUAGUCCAUGUAUGUAUACACACUAAUAAUUUCACAAUAAUUAUAAAAUUAUUCAAAUUUUAUAUGAACAAAAAAAUAUAUGUUCAGAUUAUAUUUACAGUGCACAUUGCACUGAAUAUGAUUGCACACAAUUUCGCUGUACUUUUGUUUAAUGACAGUAAAUUGAUUCUGAUAUUCAACACAAAUUUACUAUUAAAAGGGUGGUUAUCAAAUCAGCUGAUAAAACUUUAACAAUUUUAACAAAGUCCUGCAGAGCAGAUGUUCACUGGUCAAAUUUUAAACAUGGAUAAGGAAAUGUUAAAUUUUUUGAUAUUCCUUAUUAAUAUUACAUUGAGAAGUACAUUGUAGCAACAUAAUUCUGUCAUAAUUUCUUCAAGUUAAACCUACGGUGAUGCAUUGCUGCCACACAUUUUUUCCACUCAAUAGA